CCGCCCCCGCGCCCUCGGCGCGCAUGUGCAGGCCGCGUCAGUGAUGGAGGAGAGAAGAUGGCGGAAGCGGAGUUUAAGGAGCAUCAUACAAGUAUGGAUAAUGAAGCAAACCCAGGAACAUCGUCGGUGUCUACGGCUCCUAGCAGCACGGCCAGCACCACUCUUAGCACUUCCUCCUCCAGAACCCCCCAGCCACAGAUCUCUGUUUAUAGUGGCUCGGACCGCCAUGCUGUCCAGGUCAUUCAACAGGCCUUGCACCGCCCCCCUAGCUCAGCAGCGCAGUACCUCCAACAGAUGUAUGCGGCCCAGCAGCAGCACCUGAUGCUGCACACAGCGGCACUACAGCAGCAGCACCUGAGCAGCUCCCAGCUCCAGAGUUUGGCGGCCGUGCAGGCAAGUCUGUCCAGUGGGAGACCAUCUACAUCCCCUACAGGGAGUGUCACACAACAGUCAAGCAUGUCCCAGACAUCUAUCAACCUCUCUACUUCUCCUACACCUGCACAGUUAAUAAGCCGUUCCCAGGCUUCCAGUACUACCAGCAGCAGUAUUACCCAACAGACUAUGUUACUAGGGAGUACAUCCCCUACCUUAACGGCAAGCCAAGCUCAAAUGUAUCUACGAGCUCAAAUGCUGAUUUUCACACCUGCUACUACUGUGGCUGCUGUACAGUCUGACAUUCCUGUUGUCUCGUCGUCAUCGUCAUCUUCCUGUCAGUCGGCAGCUACUCAGGUUCAGAAUUUAACAUUACGCAGCCAGAAGUUGGGUGUAUUAUCUAGUUCGCAGAAUGGCCCACCAAAAAACAGUAGUCAAGCUCAGUCAUUGACCAUUUGUCAUAAUAAAACAACAGUAACCAGUUCCAAAACCAGUCAACGAGAUGCUUCUCCAGAAAGUAAUAAGAAAGGGGAGAGCCCCAGUUUGGAAUCUCGAAGUACAGCGGCUACGCGGACAUCAAGUAUCCACCAGUUAAUAGCCCCAGCUUCAUAUUCUCCAAUUCAGCCUCAUUCUCUAAUAAAACAUCAGCAGAUUCCUCUUCAUUCACCACCUUCCAAGGUGUCCCAUCAUCAGCUGAUAUUGCAACAGCAGCAGCAACAGCAGCAGCAGCAGCAGCAGCAAGUGCAGCCACUCACCCUUCAGAGUCCAAGCCAGGACCCCCCCACAUCCCAACACUGUGUCCCUGUCCAGAGCCACGGUCUUGCUGCAGCACCAAGUAGUGCCCAGGCCCAGCAUUGUUCACCCCUUCAGAGCCACCCACCCCCGCUAACCGUGUCUCCCCCCCAGUCACAGGCAGCACAGCAAUCAGUUGUGGUGUCCCCGCCCCCACCGCAUUCUCCCAGUCCGUCUCCUGCAAUCAUUAUUCAUCCACAAGCACUUAUUCAACCCCAUCCUCUUGUGUCAUCAGCUCUCCAGCCAGGGCCAAGCUUGCAGCAGCCCCCCACCAACCAAGCACAGCCAGCCACCCAGCCGCUGAGCCUUCCAUCUCAUCUCCCCCUCCCAGCUUCCCCUGUGGUGCACCUGGGGGCCGUCCAGCAGUCUUCUCUGGUGUCCCCAGGGCCUCAGAUUGUCUCUCCCGCAGCCCAUCCGCCGUACUCCGCACUGCAGUCUCCUCCGAUCCCACUCACAGCCCCUCCCCAGCUGCCGCCGUCUCCUCCGGCACAGGUCCCGGCACUGCCCCUGCAGUCUGUGCAGUCUGUACAAGUGCAGCCUGAAAUUCUAUCCCAGGGCCAGGUGUUGGUGCAGAAUGCUUUGGUGUCUGGAGAGGAGCUUCCCGCGGCCGAAGCCCUGGUCCAGCUGCCCUUUCAGACUCUUCCCCCGCCUCAGACAGUUGCGGUCAACCUCCAAGUGCAGCCGCCCGCCCCUGUUGAGCCGCCAGUGGGAAUGCAUUUGAACCAGUGUCAUCUGCACAAAGUUUUUUCUCUUAAGGUUUACCAAGUAGAGGAUGUGUGUGAGGAAGAAAUGCCUGAGGAAACAGAUGAAUGUGUUCGCAUGGACAGAACCCCACCACCACCUACUCUGUCUCCAGCAGCUAUAACUGUGAGCAGAGGAGAGGAUUUGUCUUCUGAACAUCCUUUGUUAGACCAAGUGGAACUCCCUGCAGUGGCGUCAGUCAGCGCAUCAGUAAUUAAGUCUCCGACAGACCCUCCCCACGCCUCCGUCCCCCCUCCUCCGCUUCUGCUUCCAGCCGCAGCCACGAGGAGUAACGGCACAUCUCUGCCCAGCAGCCUUCCUAACGUAGAGAACAAGCCUCCGCAGGCUAUUGUUAAACCACAGAUCCUGACCCAUGUUAUUGAAGGCUUUGUGAUUCAGGAGGGCUUGGAACCGUUUCCCGUAAGUCGUUCAUCUCUGCUAGUAGAACAGCCUGUGAAAAAACGGCCCCUUUUGGAUAGCCCAGUCAUGAGUGGCAUGUGUGUCCAGGCGGAGCUUCAGAAUAAUUCAAAGCACGCUGAGAAUUCAUCAGACACCGAGAUGGAAGACAUGGCUCCUGAAGAGGGAUUAGAGGAAAUGGACAGUGAGUUGCUCAAGUGCGAAUUUUGUGGGAAGAUGGGGUAUGCUAACGAGUUCCUGCGUUCAAAGCGGUUCUGCACCAUGUCAUGUGCCAAAAGGUACAAUGUUAGCUGUUCCAAGAAGUUUGCACUUAGUCGUUGGAAUCGGAAGCCUGAUAAUCAGAGUGUUGGACAUCGCGGUCGCCGUCCCAGUGGCCCUGAUGGGACAGCACGAGAACACUUCCCUAGGCAGCUUCCAAUUACUUAUCCAUCUGCAGAAGAAGGCUUGGCUCCUCAUGAAGAGCCUGUGCCAACUGCUAUGACCACUCGUCUGCGCAGGCAGAGCGAGAGGGAGAGAGAGCGUGAGCUCCGGGAGGGCCGACUUCGGAAGAUUCCCGACAACAGUGACUUGCUCCCAGUGGCACAAACAGAACCAUCAAUAUGGACAGUUGAUGAAGUGUGGGCCUUCAUCCAUUCUCUGCCGGGUUGUCAAGAUAUUGCAGAUGAAUUCAGAGCACAGGAAAUUGAUGGACAAGCUCUGCUCUUAUUGAAAGAGGACCACCUGAUGAGUGCAAUGAAUAUCAAGCUAGGGCCCGCCUUGAAGAUCUGUGCACGGAUCAAUUCCCUGAAAGAAUCCUAACAAGAACGUGAGGUUUUUGAGAUGACACUUUUACUUUUCUCAAAUCUGUAAAGUUGUAAACUAACGUCUACUCAACAGGUUACUGUUGACUGCAGUGUUGGGCAGAACACAUCGAAAUCUCUCACAGCAUUCACACCCUCUCCGCCAGAUCCAGGGACCCACCACGGCUUCCGAGAAGCCGACAUUCCCCGAAAGAACUCUUGUAGGUUGCUGCGUGCAGAUACCCCUGAGGCACGGUAAGGUAGAGGAGUGUUCACAGACACAGUGUAGAAUAGGUGUUUGGUACAUGGAUGAUUGUCUCUUUGAAGGUCACUGGGUGAUGGAAGUAGAUCCUCUUCCAGUUCCUCUUAUGCCGGAAGAAACAUUUCCGGUUGUAGAAGAACAUGGUAGCAGAGGUAAUAGUGGUGUCAAAAGUGAUGCCUUUGCACAUUCAAUCUGAGUAUUCUAGACUUACUGACUUAGGGCUAUUUUAUCUUCCAGAGGAGAGGAUUGUUGUCUUAACAAGGACUGGAAGUCAGGAGAUUUGGUUUCUGUUCUUGACUCCACCAUUGACAUAUUGUGUGACUGAGAAAAAUCACUUUUCCCUGCUGUUCUUCUAAGCAAAAUGGGGUUAUAAUACUUCCCCUCAACUAAAGAGAUGUUUUAAAAACAUAGGAAAGAUAAGAUGUGUUUUAAAUUGUUCAGAAAAAAAGCUGCCAACUAAAUUCAAGAUGGUGAUAUUAGUUAUGUAAUAUAAGAACUCUAUAUAGUAUUUUUUACAAAUUUUCUACAUGGUGAAAAUGGAAACUUUUCAUUCUGUUCUGCAGAAUGUAGGAGUACUGACACGGCAUUGUUACCAACAGCCAGACUGCCCUGAACCCCACGAGUCUCUUUGAUAUUCGUGUGCUUCUCUGUGCACCCACGAAGGCUGAAGGCAUAACAUCCUGACGCCUUCGGGACUGGUGCCCAAGCGCUUGGGGGCCGGCAGGGAGGGAGGAGCAGGGGAGGCUUCUCUUCUUUUAGAGUGUUUUGAGUGGAGUGACACGUUGGGCCUGGGAAGAAAGGAACUUCUCCUUUUCCUUUAGUAGUUGACAUAGCAUUUGCCAACUGAUAUCUCCUGGUUUUUCAUCGGAGUGUUGUGAACUGCUCUGGUGUGCCAUGAAGAUAGAGUGUAUUGUAGAAAUACAAGUGCCCCGAUUCAGAAAGUCAGGGCUCUGCAGUAUUACAGAAAGCAGUGUGAAUUCUGUGGGAGAAAAGUGAUAGAGAGCUAGCAUUUAUGUGGAAAAAUAAGGAAUGGAGACCCAGAGACAGAGUGACACACACGAGCAUCAGAGUUCUGAAAAUCCUGGAGAAUGUUCUAACAAUUACAUGACACAUGGCAGGGGAAGUGCCAUUUAUUGAUUUUUUUUUUCCUACUUCUCCCUCAUUGUGAGGGAAUGGCCCCAUCCUCCUUCCAUGUGACUAAUUUCUGUGGCUCUUUGGAGGGAGCACCUGCAGGUAUCUGGCACAUAUUCAGUUGAGUAGAGAGAAUGAAUCCAAGAGUUUCAGUUGGUUCCAUUGCUCUUUUCAGAAAGAUUACUUUAAGCUAGUAUAAGACUAAAGAUAUCACAGAUAUUUAUCUUUUGGCUUUGUGUACCUUAGAGAUUAUUUUUAUACAAAAAUACAGAGGGUAAUUUUUUUAAUCUUUUAGAUGUUCUUGUUCCAAUGAAUGAUUUGUUGGGAUUCUUUUGUGUUGUAAUGUUUAAAAAAAUGCUUAUUGAUAGUUAUCUUUGUCUAGGAAUAGCAAGGCUCAUCUUCCAGGCCUACUGUAGUUUAUAACAGAUAGAGACUUUUUUGUCUUAUUAAACCUUAAAUAAGUAGGUGAAAGUUGGAAGGAAAACACCUGUGUAAUCUCAUUAUGCUUAGUGGUAUGGAACAACAGCCCAGAAAACUUAAAGAUUACAGAAAAGUUGUAUAUUUGGCUUUGAAAUGCCUCUUCCCUUCUCCCAGCCUCCUCCCCCCUAGAUUUACCUCAUAAUCAUUUCCUGAGUUCAUAAAGUAGUGAGAAGAGGACACAGGUGAGGAGUUGUCCUUGGUGUCAGAAAAAAAGCUGGUUUACCACCAGUAACCCAAACACCAAUAGGCAAAGACUGACUGCUUCCUAUCAGAGUUCAUCGUCCUCAGUAUUAGUUAACUAAAAUGCCUCUUGGAACACAUUGCUAAUCAAUGUUGAAAUGACACGGUAGUUCCCUUCAGUGGCGGUGUCAAUUGUUCCGCAGCCAGCUAUUUUCUUCAGUAACCAUCAACAAGUAUUAUCCACUGGCCAUGAUUCCCACUUUGCUCCAAGUGCACCUGACCUGCUCAACUCCCCUGACAAAUCUAACUUCAACAGAAACCACACCUUGCUUUUUUUUUUUAUUCUUUUUUUUUUUUUUUAAGUGAGGCAAUUGGGGUUAAGUGACUUGCCCAGGGUCACACAGCUAGUUAAGUGUUAAGUGUCUGAGGCCGGAUUUGAACUCAGGAACUCCUGACUCCAGGGCCGGUGCUCUAUCCACUGCGCCACCUAGCUGCCCCACCUUGCUUUUUUUUAAACAAACUUUAUUGAGAAUUGGCUCCUUUGCUUUCAACAAAUACUGUUUCUUCCUGAAUGAUUUAGCCAUUUUAGCUUCCAUAGCUUCAGAUGUACAUAAUACAUAGAAGAUGUAAAACAAAAGAUAUUUUACCUCCUUCCAUGUCAUAAAAUGAUUACAGCAUUCUGGUUCUGAAUUGGCUUUGUGGGUGAAGUAACUUUAUGUUAUCUUAGAGUACUGUUGUCUCUGGGUUUUUAAUGGUGUAGGUGAAGUCCUCAAGGGCACACGUUUCUUUCAAUCUGCACCUACUUCUUCCCCCAAAAGUCAUGUAAGCUGACUGAAGCUGUGAAUUGUUCUUUAGGAAGAAAUUAUAAACCGGGAGAGAAAAUUCGUUUAAAUAUUUAUUUCCUAUACAGAAUGAAUUAAAUUUACAUUUAAGAUGUGUAUAUGCAGAUCUCCUACAAUGCACGGUGUGUAGGGUGCAGCAUGAGGCAGAGGACCAUCUUGAAAUGUUUUUCUGGCUGCCAGGCAGCCAUCAUCAGAUGGUGCUUUUAAACUGGCCUGGCUCCAGUUACUCUCAGAGUGGUGGGCGAUGCCUGGGGUCAGGGGAGUUAGAGAUGUGUUCGUGAAAAGAGGAGGAGAGCGGAGAAGGGAAGCUGGUGAGAUUUGACUCCCCCCAUGUUUAGCCAACAUCGCGUCGAACACAGGUACAUGGAACAAAUUCCUUCACUGUGAAAUUGAGUAAUUGUGUGGCACCUGUUUCUUAAAUGCAAAGGGUGUUUUUUCAAGUAUCCCAGUGUUUAUUUUCAGCUUCUCUUGUAGAUUCAAACAGUAGAACAGCUUGAAAAGUGUUGUUGAAAGUACAUACUUGAAUCGUUUUUGACACAUCGAUUCUCUGAAAUUAUCGUACUCUAAAACAUGUCUUUGGAUGAAAUCUGACACUAUGCGCUAUCUCUCAUUUAGUAAAACACAGUAAAAUCUUUUAGCAACAUAAAGAUAAUUAUGGUGGAGGAACUGAUACAGAUGCUUACACAGCUACAAGCCAGUUCAGGACUAAACCAGUGUAGAUGGAUGGCAGCAUCUUCCUAGAAUUCUACCUAGCUCAUGAAACGACAAGAUGAAUGAACUUGCUGCUCUUUGCUGCUUAGAAGGGAGCUGGUGGCCAGAAACAGUCAGUUGGCACCUCAGGAACUGUUGGUAGGGCACUCUUUAUACAGACUUGAGUGAGAGACUUAGGAUUGGUGAAUUGUCAGAUGAUUCCUCCUUAGUGGUCACUGUUACUGAGCUCCUAGAAUAGACUGAGAGGUUUUCACUUACCCAUCACAUUCUGGAAAGUAAGAGAGGAUUUUGUGAAAGAAACUCCAGGCUUUAGUAACAGGUUAAAUAUUUGGGCAAAGUGUAGACAAGCCCACUUAUGCAAACUGCUUGCUCGUAUUUCUUAUGCACUGUGUGUGUGUGUGUGUGUGUGUGUGUGUGUAGUUAGGCACUGGGAAAAGUUGGAAGCAAAAAAACCUUCUGAUUCUAAAAUGGUGCACAGGAUUGAUUAUAGAUUUUAAAGUUGGAAAGAGCCACAGGGGUCACCUGGACUCGACCACAUCCACUCUUCAGGAAUUAGUUGUAAUCAGCAAGGAUACCUUCAUUGAAGUGCUUCAGGGAUCUCUUUUCCUCAAGGAGGAUGCUGCCUCCAUUGGGCGCAUCCUGACACCACGCUCUCAUCACUCUUGGCCAAAGCUCUCCAAACUUUGGUUGGCCUCUAGGCGCCACAUAUACGUACCUGUCCUCUGGGCUUUUGGACGUGGUAGGAACUGCCAAACGUGGGUCCCAGUCAUCUCCAUUUCUCAGUGAGGCUUCAGAGUAGGAACUGAGUGACAGUAAGGAAAGAUUCCAAAUGUCAUUUUACCAGGAGUCAUUGACCUGAAUGUUAAUUGGAAAAAGAUGGCAGCCACCAGAGCAGAAGCAUUCUGACACUCAGAUUAAUUUGUGCAAUUUCCAGUCUCUGCCAGACUUAGUUUAAACCAUAUCAUAGAUCGAGGCGUUGUUUCAAGGGUGGCGUUUUUGAUGCUCAGUCCUGGCUGUAUCUGUGAAGUAAUGGGUUACAAAGACCUAAGUUCUCUCUGUAUUUGGCUAAAGAACUUUUGGUUUUCAUAGAAAAACCUAUUAAAUUCAGGAAGUGCAGCACUCAGUAAUAGAAGUAUUUCGCAAGUGUUUGUCUUAAAUAAGUAAAUAUAUGGCAUUUUAAGCCUGCUAAAACUUAACCAGACUGCUAAAAAACGCCCAGUGCGCAAGAAAUGUUCUUAGUUCCACAUGAUCUUCCCCUUCCCCUGAAUGAGUAGGACUUAGCUCCCGGGUUUCUUCCCAGGUAGCAGCUUAAGUUGCUGCUUUUGAGGCACUUUGAAGUAAAAUUGGUCUUAGUUGCACUAUCUUGGGUUACAAAGUUUUUCAUUACGAUUUUUGCAUCCCACCCUAGAGAAAAUAUGUUUGUGAAUUCUUGUUUGGUCCUUCCUCCCCUUCUUAAUGCACAGUGUUCUUUUUUAGCGUUUGAAGCCAUUUCCCUUCUGAAAAUGCCUUUCUUGUGUUUGGAUUUUGAGCAAAAUCUAUUUUUACUUGAAGGUAGAGAUUGUGGGGAUAGUUUUACCUGUAGUGUUUAACUGCCUCCUCUUAUUAUCUCCUGAAAUUUUUCUAGAAGAUAAUAAUGACAUUGUGGUGGCCAGCUGACUGGGAGGGGUGGGGUAUUGAGAGUAGCCUGGGGUAAGAGAAGGCACAAAAUGGGAUUCUACCUAGGGGAUUUUAUUUCAAAAUAAUCCUUUCCCUCCCUCUCAGCCUGUGUUGUUAGAGCACCUUUCAAAGGUGUAGUUGUUAUUCUUCCAGGGAAUGGAAUACCGUUUCUGUAAACAGAGCCAUAAGUGUUUAUGUAGGGGAGUUUGAAAUGUUAACAAGCAGCAGGCUAGAAAAAAAAUAAAGGUAAAAGGGGUUUAAAUGUAUAGCUAAUAUUAGAUGGUUACCAUAUGGUUUUUUGUUUUGUUUUUUUUUUGGUGGGGCAAUGGGGGUUAAGUGACUUGCCCAAGGUCACACAGCUAGUAAGUGUCAAGUGUCUGAGGCCGGAUUUGAACUCAGGUACUCCUGAAUCCAGGGCCGGUGCUCUAUCCACUGCGCCACCUAGCCGCCCCCUACCAUAUAGUUUUAAACUAUGAUGUUUCUAAAUAUGUGGCGCGCGCGCACACGCACACACAGUGUUCAUAACACCUCAUGUUAAAGAUGGUCUCAGUAAUCAUCAUAGAGGUUGCUGUGUCUGAUGUAUAGUUAAAAUAGUUAUUGGCUUAAAAAUUAUUUUAUAAUCAUUGUCGAAUCCAUAGUUUUUAUCAUAAAUUUUAAAAAUUGAAUGAAGUAAAACUUAAAAACAUCAAGGCUUUUACUAAGAUGUGUAAAAUUAACUCCCAUUUUCAUGUUUACAUCAGGAGGAAGAAUGUUUCAGCUUAAGUCUUGUGUUAAGGAAACUAGUAUAUAUACAUAUUUAAGUUGCUGAUUAACAUCUUUUUAAAAUUAACUUCCUUUUUUUCCUUUUUUAAUAUUUUUAGCCAUUUUAAAUUGUAGCUAAGUAAUUUCUUUAAAUCUAUUCAUGCUGGUUGAUAAAAGUGAUGAAUGGAAAGCCUUAGACUGGAUAUGGGUCAUAAAAUAGCAUAUUUUGUAAAUUCUGCUGCCAAUCAAUUUCCUUUUUUUAAUGGUUCUUUUUGUGGGUACUGGGUUUAUUUAAUAUCCAUGUUUUGUAUUAGACAUAACUUACACUCCAAAAGUUGGCACUCUCAGUGCUAACAAAGACUCAACCAAACUCUUACAAAGAAGUUCAUGAGGUCAUUUUCCAAAAUACCAUUGGCAUUUUGAGCUAAAUAAUGCAUAUACAUUGCCUUGAAUAUGUUGUUUAUCAUGGCAUAUGGUAAUUUAUGUGCAUUUGCUGUACAGGAAGAGAAGAGGGUUCAAGAAGUAUGAGAAAUCUGUGGUUUCCAAAUAACCUCAAGGUGAGAUAGGUUUGAGAGUUAUGUGGUGAUAAACAGAAGGCAUUGGCAUGUUCUCAGUUGGGCAGCAACUUAGGUCAUUGGUCCUUAACCUUCCAGAUGGACUUUGUGAGUCAAGAAGAAAAAGUCAACAUUUAGAUAAAUGGUUUUUAUCAUGGAAUGAUCUUGUUCUUGUGAGAGUUUUUUCCUGUUUCCCCUCCAUUACUGUUGUUUUUAUAUAUGACCCCAUCUUUUUAUUCCAUUAGUUGGUAUUUUCAGGCUUUAUUACAGUCUUGGUUUUGGUGAGUCUUUCCAUUCUCUCUGCCUGAGGUUUUUUCUUUGGUGCAUCAUGUAGUUCAGUUCUCCCAAAGGGCAUGGUCCUUCUUUUUAGUAUACUACCACUUCUGAUUUUCUUGCCAGUUUUAACUCCUCCAUUAUUUGACUGUGGAAUGAUCCAUUUGAACAUCCAGGAAUAUUUUUAGGUUGUUGCUUCCAUACGCAUUUCUUUUUCUUCCCAUUUCAUCAUCAUCUUUUUGGUGAACUUUAAUUUAAUUUUAUUCUUUUUUGAAUUUAUAUUAAUUUUUGAGGGGUAUUGUAAGAAGUUUAACUUCCUGCAACCUUUUUACUCUGCCAUCUUCUAACAAUCUGUCUUAAAAAGUAUCAGGCAGCAAUGCAUACGUGUCCUUUGGCUGGCAUAUCUUAGUUGCAUUUUCCCUAUACGUACUUAACAUUUUGGUAUUGUCUGCCAUGGUGUGGACAGGGGUACUUGCCAAAUAUCCAGCUGGGUGACGGUAUCUGCUACUGGAUAAUGAUCAGAUGACAAGAGAUGAUGACAGAAGUGAAACACAGGGCACUGUGUGACCAGGACAGGGGCAUUCUUCAGAGGCUCAGGUGGUGGCUGUCAAGUCUAUGACUGUUUUCAUGUUGAAGGUUUACAGGAGAUGACAAAAUCAAGGGGCUUGAAUUUGAGAAACAAAAUUUAAUAAAAAGUAUUCAUUACUCAGGCAAAAUUAACCCUGGGCUACAAGUCCCACGAUGUACACACUGUCAUUUUAGCAUAAAGGCUUCAUGCUGGCUGAUUGUACUUUUAAAAGUAAUUCAGUGCGCGUCAUGCCUGGGAGUAACACUGACAAAGGUUUUCAGCGGGUUAUUUUUUGUUGUUUGUCAAGAAAAAGUAUGAAAUGGAUGAAGCUGUAUUGGAACAUUGGAAAUUAUUUUAAAGCACCCCCAUUUCUUUUUAUUAUUAUCCCAUAGAAGGUCCCUGCAGGGAACCAGGAAGCACAGGGAUGUCACCUACCCAAAGUGGCCAGACAAACUCCGGGGGCUUCAGUCUUAGCUUCUCGUUCUCUCCCCUUCCUGUCUUCCUCAGUGGAGAAGGCUGAGCUCUCAGAAUUUAUGUUAUACUUUCAAUAAAUUUAGCUUAAAUUCUAGUCUGAGAAACAAACUCAAGUUUUAUUGGAGAACCUUUUUUGCCCUUACUUGGUGUGAAUAUGAACUUAGCUUAAAAAGCUUUGAUUUAUACAUUUAUGGAUUCUUCAUCUGUAAUCUUUUAUACUGUCUGGUGCAUCAGAAUAUACUGGAUGAGAUCAUUUUGAGCUUUUCACAAGUCUGCUAAAUUGCAGAGAUCCAACAUAGCAUUUAAAAAGUCUAAUUUGCAGCAUAAAUGAAUUAGGGUUAGGAUAGAUUUUCAAACUCCUUGUACAAAUAUUUGAUCCAUUUUCUCAUAAGCAAAACAAAAAAAUCCUCUCUAAAGUGAGGUUCAUUAUUAUGGCAAUCAGUGUAAAGGGAUGGACACAGAUGGUGGUGCCAAACAUUUCAAGCUUCAAACAGUGUAUUGCCUCAUUCUGUUGAAUGUGUUGAAACACAUUUUACCACUCCAUUUAGAGCUAUUUUCAAGGAAGCUUCAAGCACAUUCUGAGCUAGUUCCUCCCGUUGUUCUAAAACAGGAUACUUACAUUAGAAAAGCCUCAUAGUGGAAUGUGUGAUCCACCAAGAGUGAGCAAAGCAUCAUGGGUUGUAAAAUUAUCUACUAAAACAAGACAUUUUAAUAUAUUUGCAAAAAGCAAACGUUAAAAUUCUAUAUAGGUGUAUUCUUUACCAUGUAUUGUAUUGGAAUAUUCUUUACCAGGAAAUGAAACAAUAGUUUUAGCAUUGAAUAGGACAAUUAGAUUAGUGUCUAUAGCUCAACUUGUAAAAUGUAUAGCCUGAAAAUGAAGUUAAAAUAAUUUUACAGUAUAAGAGCACACCAUGAUCUAUGUAAAAGAGAUUAUGUCCAUUGGAUGUAUUUUUUUAAAGAAAAGGAAAAAAAGCACUUUCAUAUUAACAAGUAGCAUGUGAAUGAACUUGAGCGUUUCAUAUUUGUUGUGGAUUGUAGCAAAAGUGAAGCAUUUUAGCAUUUAGCAUUUAGCAUUCAUAUGUCUGUUGAUGGUGACACAACUAUUGAAUUGAAGCACCUUAUACUCUGCUGCUUACACUUGCUUCUAAUUGCACCUUUUGGUACCUGCACAUUUUCAAAUAGAACAUUCUUGUAACAUUUCCUCACAUGGGUUUGGGUAGAGAUUUUAGUGGGACUACAAAAUCAUUUAUUUAUAUUGUUUAUAUUGCAAUAAUAUAUUGUAGACCAGUUGUAAGUUCAUUGCUUCGGAAAUAAACGCUUCUUUCCAUUUG